GUUAAAAAGUUCUUAAGAAGUCAAGGGUCACAAGCCCACCUAAAGCAAACACUGCUUGCUGUAAUGGUGAGGUCAAACUAAAUGUUUUCAAUAACUGUAAAUUGUUAACACAGCUUUCGAGGAGAUGUCCCCUCAGUAAAGGCAAAGUGCACGCAUCCAGUUUUAUCUAGUUGAACAAAGAUAAUACAACAGCCAGUUAUAGUGACAUAUUACAUGAAAAUCCACUUUUCAUUCCUGUGGGAAGGGUUGUUUGACAUUGAUUAAAACGUUUAAGGCUGAGAAAACAGAGAAAAGGGUUGGGAUACACUGUGGAGCGACAGACACUUAAUGCACUUGAGGAGCACAAGAGAGAAAUACAGGAUUAAAACAAGGUUUUCAAAAAGAAUUUACAAGACUUCAUCAUGAUGGAAAUCCCUGACAUGACUUCAAAGAAACUGCCUUGUCGGCCAGAGAUGAUUGAUUUUGAAGGUAUCUCUAUGACUCACUUUUUCACUGACAACUGGGAAAAAGUGAAAGAUUUUCAAGCAAGACCUGAUGACAUACUAAUCGCCACAUAUCCCAAAGCAGGUACUACAUGGGUUUCUUAUAUACUGGACCUGCUAUAUUUAGGUAAUGAUGAUCCAGAGCGUCAGAGCUCCCAGCCUAUCUAUGUGAGAAUCCCAUUCCUAGAGUCAUGCUUUCAAGAGUUCUCCACAGGAACAGAAAUGGCAGAUAAUCUGACCAGCUCUCCUCGUCUCAUCAAAACACAUUUACCUGUGCAGCUAGUACCUAAGUCCUUCUGGGAGCAGAACUCAAAGAUUGUGUAUGUAGCACGUAAUGCAAAAGACAAUGCUGUUUCCUAUUUUCAUUUUGAUCGAAUGAACAUGGUACAGCCUGAACCAGGGGACUGGAACCACUUCCUACAGAAGUUUAUGAAAGGAAAAAAUGUGUUUGGUCCUUGGUACGACCAUGUCAGUGGAUGGUGGGAGAAAAAACAGGCAUAUUCUAACCUACUGUACUUGUUCUAUGAGGAUUUGGUUGAGGACACUGGACGUGAGGUGGAGCAUUUGUGUUCCUUCUUGGGUUUAUCCACUUCAGUUAAAGAGAGGGAAAACAUAACAAAAGGGGUUCAGUUUGAUGCCAUGAAACAAAACAAGAUGAUCAACCAUGCCACAAUCCCUUUCAUGGACUUCAAGAUCUCACACUUCAUGCGAAAAGGUAAAGUUGGAGACUGGAAAGGUCACUUCACUGUAGCACAAAAUGAACAGUUUGAUGAGGUCUACAAACAGAAGAUGAAGAACACCACUCUCAAAUUUCGCACUGAGAUUUAAUAUUUGAGUUCUAGAUAUUUGGCUAUAAAUUAGAAUGUGAAUCUGAAAUUGACAAUGACCUAAACCUUGAGUUUUAAUUGAAUUAUACCUCAGCUUUAAUCAGUGAUGCACGAUAAUGGUGCACAUGUAUCCAGUAUCGGGAAAAAAGAUGAGAUCGGGAAAGAUCUUUUGCAAGUGGUAAAAAGUGCCAAAAUGUACCGUCUGUGUCAAAAUCCUCUACAACGGUUAGCCUUUUGCAUCUCCACAGUGAAAAUACAUUUUCUGACUGGCCAGACGGAAAUGUAUGAUUUUCAGAAAUGGGGCAGGCGCACUGAAAGACAAUGUUCAAAUACAAUAUUCCAAGCAGUUCUUAUUUGAUUUAAAAUUCAAAUGGAGCUGAGCACAACAAAAUUCUUGCACUUUCCUAUAAAGAUGCAGAAUUAGAAAAAAAGAACAACUGCAAGGGAACCAUUUUGAUAACUUGUUCAGCUUCCAAAUACAGCCACUUAGGAGACAUGCUAGUCCCAUUAUGCUAGUCGUCCUCGGCACCAACAUGGUAGCCCUGGCAUCAGCAGCCAAGAAAUAAUACAGAACAACCGGUAGUGCUAGACCUGCACAUGGGCCCAAGACGUUCUGUGUGCCCUAUAUUCCCUUAUAAAUUGCAAAAUAACAAAAAAUAAUUUUUAGCACUCUAUUCACUAACUGCUUGUUUUUUUAAACAACAAGUUUCUCUAUUAUUAUUGUAUUUUUUAUUCAUUAAUAAAAGCAAAAAGGCCUCUAACACUCACAUUCUUUUUAUAUUAUAUCUAUUUUAUUUUUAUUUAUUAUAUACUUUUUUUUAAAACUGAAGCUGACUGAGAAUUGUCAUACCACUUCCAUUGCUCUUUUGUUGAUUUUGACUGCUUCCAUUGUCCUCAUUUGUAAGUCGUUGGAUAAAGGCAUCUGCUAAAUGACUAAAUGUAAAUGUAAUUCUCCACUUGUCAACAGCUUCAGUGAAAAUACAAUUCUCAGUAAUUCUGAACAAUGAUGAACUAACUGAGCAUACAGUCCUCCACCUAAAGGCAUGAGUGCACUCUUCUCCUAGUUCACAAAAGAGCCAGAGAAAGAGCCAAAAGUGAUUCCAUUAGAGCCGUAGGAGGACCAUGGAUACAGACGUCUGGUGCAUAAGUACAAAAGUAAAUUGUCUGUGUAUAAAAGAAGCCUGAGGUAGAGGUUUAUCACGAGCGUGAUACGUCUCUGAAAUCAGGAUGAUUGCAAACUAAACCAAAUGACAAUGGGCUUAAACAGCCCUUCCAGGUUGAAGAUAGAAUAAAGCAAGAAAUAUCUGAAUGAGUAAGUAUUGCCAACUUCUUGCACCUAACAUUCAUUACAUGCAUUCCUCAGUAGACUGUCUUAUUGUUAUAAUUCUUUAUUGUGAUGAUCUCCCAACAGACGUCCUACUGACUAUAGGUAGCUUCUCAAGAACAACUGAACUUAUUCUAAGCCUAACCCUAGCAGUCUACUAAUUACUAACAAUCUCACGAAAGUUAGCUGGCAUUUAGGUGCAAAGUUACUUUUGUCAACAUAAUGUUCAUAAGGGACCAUCAAAAUAAACUGAAACCUACAAAGUAAAUAAACCUUUUUUUCCAGCAGUACCAUCUAAUUCAGACUGAAAGCAACACACGUGUCAGAAUCCUUGAAUAACUUUUGUUAUGAAAUGAAAGUCAAAAGAAUGACUAAUAUUAAAUCAAAUUUACAACAAUGGAACUUUGCAUUAAAGUUGAACAAUAUCUAAAAAUAAUAUUAAAACUAUGUCUGGUGCUAUA